CUCACCACCCAGCCUCCCUCCCCCUCCGAAAAAUACAUAUCUUGCUAUACGAGUCUAGAUGACAUAGUAUAAAGUGUAUUUUGAAGCUUUCAAUAUUUUUUUCUCUGAACUGUGACCGCGCGGGAUUAAGCUAUAUAUCAUGGGAGAUUAAAAUAAGAGUCAUGUGGCUUUAGUUUGUUUAUAUUGAUUGAACCACAAAAAAUGAUUCCAUGAUGCACUUUCAUCCGAUUUAGCUAUAAUGUUUAUAAUUUUCCCUAUUAAUGAUAAUAUUCAUGAUCAAAUAAUUAUUCAAACCCUCUGGAAGCAGUAGCCCUUGGAGUAUAUAGUUUUUGUCAGGCAUCAAGGUACGGUGAGUAAUUUUAUUAUUUCAAAAUUAUACUUACAUGUACUAGGCCUAUUUAAAGGAUUUUCAAAUAAAGACGCUAAAAUCUAUAAAGGAAUUGUAAGUUCUAUAAUUCUCGAAAAUAGAAGUUGAUGCACAGUUUAAUUGUUGUUGUUCAUGUUUUGGUUUUCCUCAAAAAUGAGGGUUUUGGUGAGUCAAAAUAUACAACUUUAUAUAGAAUUAAAAUCUUGAAUAUGUUCUUCCAUAUUAGUUUGUUUAUAAGUAACUAUAUUCAAAAUAAUUUUAAAAUGUGCUUAUAGUGUUACGCUAAGGUUACUCUGCAAUAAUGGUAUAUAAGGUACAUUUUAAUUUGUAAGUGUAAAAAAUAUGCACAAAUUAAAUGCAUUCAAAAUGAUUAUGUGUUUUUUUUUACUGAACAUUGGAUACCCUAUAUAGACGUAAGAGAUGAAGAAGGGGCGACUGCAUGGGGCUGCACCCCAAAUCCCACGUGAAAUUUGAAAUUAUCGAUCAUAUACAAUGAGGAGGUGUCUUUGAAUUCAAUAAUGAUCUGUGUAUAAUAUUAAUGUUGAUGAUGAACAUUUUCUCGCUCGUCUAUCUAGCGGGAUCGUCUUGCAAAAACUGGAAGGUUGACAUUGGGGACGAGAUAAACAACCCCCAUUGUACCGUGCCCCUUUAUACGCAUUAUAAUUAUACACAAAAAUAAAUAUUCGUUGACAUUAUCAAUUUUGUAUAAAGGGGAGCCACAAAUUAACAAUAACUUCUAGUGCAUCUUCAGAGAUGCAAAAUUGCACACUAUAUCGAGUUCAGGUUGCUCAUUAGGAUAAGCCUCUAAAGAAUGAGAAUGAUAUUGCGGAUAUAUUUACUCUUCUUCACUCUUCAGACACUCCAAACAAUGAUUAGAUAAACUUCUCAUUAAAAACUACGCAGACGACGAGGAAAACAAUGUUCAGGUGGAUGCAUCAGAUGCCCCCAUUCUUUCUCUGGGAUUUACCACAACCACCACUACCACUACCACUACCACCACCAACAACAACACCGUCACAACCAUCAGCACCAGCCACUCCUCUUCUACAACCGCAACCACCACCACCACCACCGCUACCACCUCUUUCCUUCAAGAUUGCCCCUGUUCCUGGAUCCAAUGAAAAUGGAGGAUUGGGAUUCAUCGCUACAGAACAAGAACCGGCCAGCGUCUUCCAUCGGAUAGAAUUCAUCAUCUCCGUAUCCGUGAUCUCUGCCGUGCUCAUCAUCUUGAUCGUCGUCGCCGUCAUUCUCGCCAUCGUGGCACGAAGACGGAAAUAUGAGGCUGAAAGGCGCGCGAAGAGACUGCAGAUGAAGCGAGCUUCGUCCGUUCAUCGUUCGUUCCAUAUGACCUGUCUACACAAUGAUAUGUAUAGGUUCAGACCGGAUUCUCAUGAUGAAAUAAAAUCCAAUGCAAUUUGAAUUUUUAAUAAAAAUUAUGAAUAGAAAAGGAUGUUUAUAAUUUAUUUCCACUUGUAUACAGAAUCGUCUUUCGUCCUAAUGAUACGAAUUUCCUUCAGAUAAGUUUCCUUCCCAGUUCUAGAACUCAUUAUUUUUCGACUGCUUUUUUCAACAAUCGGUUUCAACAAUAAUAAUUAUAACAACAUUUUUCGAAAGGCUUUCAGAUUAAUUGAUAGUGCAAGGAAUUGACAGUAAUAAUUAUGUUUAUCAUUGUUGUAUUAAAUACCAUUUCCCACAGUGGAAUGGAUAUCUCAUUGCACCUAUAUACGAUAUGAAAUCAGAGUCCAUUAAAGGGAACCCUCCCCUUCUUCCUUUUCUCUCAAAAAGAAUUACUGUUUAUCAUAAUCAGACUGGCAGUAUUAUAGCUAUAAACCAGUCAUGUAUAGUUCCAAUUAUUUAUCAAAUUCCCAUAACAACAUUGGUGCAUACAGUAAUUUACAUGUCAAAGUGUGUAUGAGGAUGAAUAAAUGUCAUAGUACUUAAUUGUUUCUCAGUAUUUGUCAUUGUAGUUGUAGAUGCAAAAUGAUCUUCUUCAUCAGUGAAGUAGCAAAAGUUUAAACUUGUUUCGCUAAUCGAGCUAUUUUAUUUUCGCAAGAUUUGUUUAAAGAAGUAAAAAGAAGAAGUGUAUUAUGAAACCAUAUUACCCAUACAUUCCCCAUCCCCAAUAAAAUAUAGCAUUUUCUGUAUGAUAUGAUUUUGAUUU